CUUAUCAAUUGUCAAUUGUCAUUUCAAACCAAUCAUUUUGCUUUUCAAUUUUAAUGUCGGUCAUUUGUACUGUUUAUGAAUUUUUAUGAUUGUAAAAAUUGUAUUUCUAUAGAUCGAAUACUGAUAUUUUUUUAAUAGCUGAAGAAAUAUCGACUGAGAACUAGUUACUCAAUAUAGCAGUAUUCAAUUUUGUGCCAAUUAUUUUCAUAAUACUCCAAAAACUAAUUAACAAUAUGGAAAGAACUCAAGGAGAUGGAAUUGACAAUUCGACUUUCAACAAACGACUUCCGCUGGAAACGAUUUUAAAUUCUGAAUUGGCUACUAAGCGCAGUUUGAAAAUACUGCAGGCCUUGAAACCAGUACAGCCAAACAGCAAAGUGUAUUAUCUGACUCCAAAACACACAUUUAAAGCCAAGCCUGUUCCGAAUUACUUUGUGCAUAAGCAAAAAGAGCCUAAAUUCGUACCGUGUGAGCCCUACAAGGCCGCCGUCGAGCCCAUGGUUAGCAAAAAGCAUGUUAAUAAGAGUCCUAGAAAGACUGUAAAGAACAAUAUGGAUUUACACAAUCUAGUUUCACAGUUAUCAGAAACAAGGAAAUUAGAAAUGUCUAGAAAUAAUGAAGGUGAUGCUGUAGACGAAGUAGAUGGCACUAAGUUAAGAAUGCAGUGGAAGAAUGAGAAGGAUCAGUACGAGAUUGAUAUACAGAAUUUGAGAUCGUCAAAUACUUUGUUGGAAACCCAGUUGAAGUUUCAAGCACAGGUAAACAGUGAGCUGAAAACCCUUCUGGUGGCAGCUGUAGGUGAAGAUUUAGAAAACAGGGUACAACAUUUAACUGAAGAUAAAUUAUCUUUAGCUAGAGAACUAUUAAAAUCUGCCAAUCACUUGACAUCCCACCAAGAACAGACUGAAUGGCUAUCAGGUCAAUGUGAAGUGUGGAGAAGCAAGUUUUUAGCAUCUAGUCUUAUGGUUGAAGAAUUGGCUAAAUGGAAAUCGGCCCUAACUAACAGAUCAUACGAAUUACAAGAAGUGAUUAAAACCCUCCUGGAUGAACGAAAAAAAAUCCAUGUCCAACAACUAGAAAUGUUCGACGAGCUUAGUAAAAUUUCCAAAAAUGCUACUACUAAAGAUAAAUACCAACCAUUGCAGUUGAAAUAUGGUAACGUGAUACAAUUGAGCAGCAUCAAUGUGCAAUUGGUGGAGAAUUUGAGGAAAUGUUUGAACGUUGAUGAUGGUUGUGAUGGGUUGGAUAAAACAGUGAUUUUGAAUGUACAGCAAACUGUGGCGGAGAAAAAUGCUCAUAGGUUACUAAACAACCCUGUAACCAUAUCCAGUAAGCCAGACGUCCUUUGCAAUGCCGUUAUAGGCGCAGCGACAUCUAUCAGCAAUGAACAAAUGUUCCUGCAGUACCCUUCUCUACAUCCUUGUUGCGCUCAUUGCACAGGAAAUAUACAAAAUAUAUGACGGUACGCCAUAAGUGGGAUUCACUGAAAUGCCACUAGUUUGUAAGCAAUAAACAAUUUAUGUAAAUAUUAUAUUUUUUUAAUAAAUAUGUUUAAAAAUG